AUGAGCCCAACAGGUAAUUCUACGGCCAGCUGUGGUGGCCUAUUGCAAUGGAAUUCUCCUGUUCCCUAUGUCUUUGGAGGCCUUGCUAUCGUUUUUGGUAUCAUCGCGGUGGCGUUGCUCUUCCUUGCUUGCAGUCACCCAAGGUCAUCCCCUGAAUUUCCAAAUGGGAAAGAAGAGAAGUACAAAGAAACCAUACAAGCAUCAGCCGGUAUGGAGCCACAAAUAGUGGUCGUCAUGGCAGGAGAUGACCACCCCAGAUAUGUAGCAAACCCUUGUCCUUGA